AACAUCGAAAAAGCAAAAUUUUCAAGUAGGAGAGAAGCUGAAUUUUAAAUGUGCCAAAGAUACCCGGUUUAUGAAUGGUUCUUUGGAGCAAGAGUGUGGAUCUGGUGGAUCCUGGGAAAAGGAAAUACCUUACUGUAAAAGAUGCAAAUGUCCAUGUACACGUAUGAAAAACCAGGUGAUUUUCAGGACACAAAAACAACUUCAGGACAAAAUAACUGCCAUACAAAAGAAACUUGUGCUGGAAAAAAAGAACCUGGCCAGCCAGAAAAACGCCAAGAUUUCCGUGGCAGAUCCUCGUCCGUCGGCAAAAGCAGUAGGAUCUAUUGUCGGUGUGGGAAUUAUUAUGUUCACAUUCGCGAUUAUUGUUCUCCUAGACCUGCCUGUAUUGUACAGACAUAUUCGAUUUGGUCCACGCAAGAAAAUUAAGGGAAGCACCAAAUCACAUUCCAAAAGUAAAGGAAAAGAGAAGAAAAAUACUUAAUUUUCCAUGGAAAAAAUCAAUAAAUUAGUAAUGUAUCUACUAGUAUAUUCUAUUAAAAAAUUGACUUU